UUUAUAUAAAUGUAAAUAAAUUGGAAAGUUUUGUGCGUUUGGUGAGGACGUUGUCAUGUCAAAGAGUUGAUUAUUGUGGCUAUUGUUAGACAUUAAGACAAAAUGCUAGGGAGGUCAAAUAGUAUAAUCGGCAUUGUCAAUCGGAACAAGCGACCGACCAAAGAUGAUUCCAUUUCCAAGACUCUCCCAGGCUCUGCGGGCUGGCUUUGGUCAGACCAGUCCUUUCGCUUUUAUCAGGAUGCGCUGAGUUUCGUGGAGGCCGGGAUCAAACAGCACAAGAGCCGCAUUUUCCUGACACGCCUAUUUCUGAAGCCCUGCGUCAUUGUUGCAGAUAAUGAGGUCUUGCGUGAGCUCUUGACAGAGAAGAAUGAUGAUUAUGAAGCUGGCAUGGAUGAAUAUUUUGAUCUCUUUGGGGAUAAUCUCUUAUUUAUGAAUGGAGCAGAAGCAAAGUUGACAAGAGAACUUCUCUUCCCUCUGUUUAAUCAAGAAUCUAAGUCAGGAUAUAAGGUUAUUACAGAAGAUCUGCUGAGAACCUGGGUUUCUGAAGUAGAUACUGAAACACCUUUUGAUGUUUAUGAAUCCACAAAGAACUUUGCUUUGCUCCUGAACCUGCGGCUUUACCUUGGACUUGACCACACAAAAGAACCAGAUCUCGUACAGAUGUUCACCACAGUGGCAAGCACCCACUGGCAUGGUUUGUGUUCCCUACCUGUAAACAUUAGAAUUCCUGGUCUGAAGUCCGGCUUUGGCACGGCAGUUGAGGCUAAGGACGAACUGCUGGCUCUGCUGCGGAAGCGACUCUACGAAGAUAGUAAUCAUGCUUUCUUGGAGAACAUGCGUGAAAGUGUUCCCGAUGAGGAACUGCAGUUGAACCACCUCCUUGUGUGCUGCUGUGCUCUCAUUCCAAAAGUGUUUGCAUCAGUCCUCACCUCAUUCAUUCUAAUGGCUCCAUCAUGGAAGGCUUUCUAUCAGGCAUGUUCAUCAGAGGAAGAGGAAGACAAGGCACUGGAUUCAAUUUUGCUUGAGGUUGUCCGCCUGAUGCCCCCUCUUGCAGGUGGUCGUCGUGUAGCCUUAAAGGACACACAGCUCAGUGGCUACGAGAUAUCUGCUGGAAUGGUGAUCCAUUUCAGCUUCUUCGGGGCGCAUACAGACCCUAGGAUUUUCCCUCAGCCAAAAAAGUUUUGGCCGGAGAGAUGGAGUCAGGACAACAAAGAUGACCGAGGAAGAAUUUUUGCCUUCGGAGCUGGACCUCGAGAGUGCAUUGGAAAGAGGAUGAUUUGGGACAUAAUGAUGAUGUUUUGCAAAACCUUUGUAAAAGAAUUUGAUUGGGUCAUCACAGACGACCAUCUGAAAGAAAUGAAAUACAUCCCUGCAGUCCGGCCAAAACAGAAACCGCAGAUUGAAUUGCAACCGACAAGGAAAUAGUAAGAUAGAAAAUAUAUCAUUCAUGCUCAUUCAUACCUGUAGAAGAAAGUAUGAAUGGGAAAAAAAAUCCAAUAUUUAUUAUCUUAUUAAUUCUUAUUCAAACCUUCUUCUACCACAUUCUCAAAGAUUGCUGUUUAAUCUAUUUUUGCAAAUGGGCGUAAUUAGACUACUUCAGUCACAAAUGGAAUGAUAUUCAAUUAUUGUAUGCUGAUACUCUGGUGAUCAGCUUAAACUGUGAUAUGAAAUUGCUUGAAAAUGAAAGCACAGAAUAAGAUAGCACAACAAUUUUCACAAACUGCAAAAUAGAAUAGUGGAGUUGUACAUUCAAGCAACACCUUCUUUUCAAUCUUAUUAUAAUUAAUUUGUUAUCAACUUUUACUUUUCCCCACAGUCUUUGAAGAUUUCAUAUGCAUGAAUGCUAUUCAGCAUUUUAUCAUAGACCCAGGACAGCUAAAGGAAAAGUGUGGGUUUGCUUUGAUGAUAAUGAGAUUUAUAGUUAUUGAUAUUUGCCAAAUUGUUUUACUCUGUUAAAAAUAGUUAUUUGAAAA